UUAUAAUGGGUACAAAUACCAUUCUUGUAUAAUGAAGGCCGGCUAGUGAAAACUCGGGCACCCGGCGGGAAACAUUUCUAGGGCUUAAGUAACUCUACGCAAUCUCUUCGCCUUGUAUCUUAAGUCUGUUUAGGGUGGGUUGUGUUCACCUGAAGAAUGGCGUCAACGGGACAGAUACAAUCGUUGGCCAAGAGACCUAACUCAGCAUCAACAAGAGAAGCAGAUCGGCUCAUCAUUACCCCUUUAGGGGCGGGGAGUGAAGUUGGGCGGUCCUGCGUCUACAUGUCUUACAAAGGAAAAACAGUUCUGGUAAAGCUCGAUUGUAUCUUUUCGUUUCUCUGAUGACAGGUUAGUCUAUUGAUUCUGAUAUACAUUCGUAAAUCUUUCUUUUUUCAUGGCAGUUCGACUGUGGGAUUCAUCCAGCUUAUUCUGGCAUGGCUGCAUUGCCAUACUUUGACGAAAUUGACCCUUCAACUGUUGAUGUUCUUCUAAUUACCCAUUUUCACUUGGAUCAUGCUGCUUCCCUCCCAUAUUUUCUAGAAAAGACCACAUUUAAAGGGAGAGUUUUCAUGACCCAUGCUACGAAGGCAAUUUAUAAGUUGUUAUUAUCGGAUUAUGUUAAAGUGAGCAAAUUUUCUGUUGAAGAUAUGCUAUUUGAUGAAACUCACAUCAACAAAUCCAUGGAUAAAAUUGAGGUGAUUGACUUCCAUCAGACAAUGGAAGUAAAUGGCAUCCGUUUCUGGUGCUACACUGCUGGCCAUGUUCUUGGUGCUGCCAUGUUUAUGGUAAGCAUUGCUGGUGUUCGAGUUCUUUAUACUGGAGACUACUCUCGUGAAGAAGAUAGACAUCUUCGUGCUGCUGAACUCCCUCAGUUUUCUCCGGAUGUUUGCAUUAUUGAAUCAACAUAUGGCGUUCAACAACACCAACCCAGACACAUUAGAGAGAAACGCUUCACUGAUGUGAUACACUCAACUCUCAGCCAAGGAGGCCGUGUCCUAAUCCCUGCUUUUGCAUUGGGCCGAGCCCAAGAGCUUCUGCUUAUACUAGAUGAGUAUUGGUCUACUCAUCAAGAGCUCCAGAAGAUCCCCAUAUACUAUGCUUCACCACUUGCAAAAAGAUGUAUGGCUGUUUAUCAGACCUAUAUAAAUGCUAUGAAUGAUAGAAUCCGCAACCAGUUUGUCAACUCAAACCCCUUUGAUUUCAAGCACAUUUCGCCUCUGAACAGUAUCGAGGGAUUUCAGGAUACGGGCCCUUGUGUGGUUAUGGCAAGUCCUGGCAGUCUUCAGAGUGGGCUUUCAAGGCAGCUCUUUGACAAGUGGUGUUCUGACAAGAGAAAUGCUUGUGUUAUUCCUGGAUAUGUUAUUCAUGGGACACUUGCAAAGACAAUUAUCAAUGAACCGAAAGAGGUGACCCUUACAAAUGGGCUUACUGCUCCUUUAAACAUGCAGGUACAUUAUAUUUCAUUCUCAGCUCACGCAGACUAUAACCAGACAAGUACAUUCUUGAAAGAGCUAAUGCCGCCUAAUAUAAUUCUGGUUCAUGGAGAAGCUACUGAGAUGGGGAGGCUCAAGCAAAAGCUGACCACUUUAUUUGCUGACCAAAACACCAAGAUUAUUACACCCAAGAACUGCCAAUCUGUGGAAAUGUACUUUAGCUCUGAUAAAAUGGCAAAAACUAUUGGAAAAUUGGCAGAAAAGAUCCCUGAAGUGGGUGGAACUGUCAGUGGGUUACUUGUGAAAAAAGGCUUCACUUACCAGAUAAUGGCCCCUGAAGAUCUCCACAUCUUCUCACAACUUUCGACAGCAAAUGUUAAUCAGAGAAUUACUAUCCCAUAUUCGGGUGCAUUUGCUGUGAUUAGGCACAGGAUCAGGCAAGUUUAUGAGAGUGUGGAAUCAUCAACUGAUGAGGUUUCUGGUGUUCCAGCACUUCGGAUUCAUGAUAAGGUAGUGGUUAAACAGGAGUCAGAAAAUCACCUUUCUGUGCAUUGGACUGCUGACCCUAUCAGUGAUAUGGUCUCGGACUCUGUUGUUGCAUUGGUUCUAAAUGCAAACAAAGAAAUGCCUAGGUUGCUCGUGGAAUCAGAACCUGACGUAAACAUGGAUGAAGAUACAAAAAAAACUGAGAAAAUUAUUCACACACUGUUGGUGUCUUUGUUUGGGGAUGUUAAAAUCGGGGGGAAUGGCAAGCUAGUUAUAAAUGUUGAUGGGAACACAGCAGAACUUGACAAACAGACUGGUGAUGUUGAAGGUGAAGAUGAUGGCCUCAAGGAACGCGUAAAAACAGCAUAUAGGCGAAUUGCAAGUGCAGUGAAACCCAUCCCACUAUCAGCACCUUAAAGUAAGGUAGAUUUUAUGCUAUGCAAUCGCUUUUGAUUCAUGACCAUAUCUUGAAUUAUGAUUUACGAUCCAUGGUCCAAUAUAUUCCUGAUGAGCAUACAACCUGGAGUACUCAAUCCACAACCUGGAGAGAUGCAUGCACUUGAAGUGUCUUGAUUUAGAUGUUAGAGUGUUGGACUCUUUUUAUCAAAUCCAUAUGAAGGAAGAGAUUAACCAUUGAUCAAGUGGAGCAUGAAGUACUAGAAAGAGGGAGGGGAUGAUAGCAGGCUUUAUACCAGCACACGCCAAACAUGAAAAGGGAGCUCUUGCAUACAAGGGAACUGUGACCAUCUACUGGUUUAUUAUGCUUGAAAAUGAUUGAACGGAGCUCUUGCAAGUUGCAAAUCUCAUUACCUCUGCAUGUUUGGCAGCAUCUGCUAGUAACCAUAGUUUCAAAUGUAUCUUUUUAUUUAUUAAGAUUACUAAAUCUUCCAUGCAGAGUAUAGUUGUCAUGGAAGUUGACUGACCUGAGGUGUGACUGCUUUGUGCAAUCAUUCUUCAACUUCUUUUGUGCUGAGGUGAUCAAGUUCAUCAAUUUCCUUAUUCCUUCCAUCAAUGAAUGUGCCAUUUAUAGAUU